AUGCCCCGCAAAACUUCUUUAGUUAAGGAAGUAAAAGAAGUUGACAACGAAAAGGUCAAUGUAGAAGCUACUGACUCAACUCCUGAUGUGUCAAACCCAGUUAAAGAUUUAAUUGAAAUUCAUACACCUUUUUAUGAACCACUUACCAAAGAAGAACUUGCCAAGGCAAAAGAUAAGAAGAUACCUGAAGAUAAGAAACCUAAGAAUGAGUAUCUUUGGAAAUUAAUCAGAUGUAAAUAUCUGCUUACAAUUAAGCUGUGCUCAGCCUGUCAGAAUCGUUUAUUCCUGAUGCAAGACAAAUUUAUACGUUAUGCAACAGGAGUUACUUUGAAAAUUGACUUAUGCAAUGACUGCAUCGAUAGAAAUUGCCGUGCUUCAGAUGUUCUGGCACCCUUCAAGAAAGCUGGAACUAAAAGAAAAGCCGACUGA